AUGCAAAACAACGAGCGGGGGCAACCCUCCCUGCAGCAGCUGCAACAGAAUGUGCUUCUUCUCCAACAAUUACGGCUCCGCACUUCGCUGCAGCAGGCGGGCCUCGCAGAAACACGGAGCGUAGCCAAUCAACAACAGCAGCCUCAGCAGCAUACGAGGGUUCCAAAUAAUGACGUAGCUCAUCUGGCACUGCAGAGGCUCCACCAGCUACAGCGGCAAGAAACGGCAAAGUGGGGACCAGCGCAGAUGACGCAGGAACAGCAGCCGCAGCUGUUGCAUACUCUGCAGAAAUGUGCAAGCCCGCAGCAUGCCCAACAGCUCUCUGGUGCACAGGCUCUGAAAAGGCCGCAAGAGUCUCACCAGUCAGUAGGGAGUGAACUGUAUCAGCAGCAGCAGCGCGUUCAACACCUGCUACAACAGCAGCAGCGGCAACGUCUUCUGCAGCAGGAGCAGCGUCUACUGCAGCAGCAACAACUGUUACUGCGGCUGAGAGGAAUAAGUUGCCAGCAACAGUUGAAUCUCGCCGCUCAUUUAGUGCAGCGGCAACUGCUCCUGCAGGGGGCCGCUUUGUCUGAGGCGGCACCAGCAACAAAAGCAGCAGCAGCAGCAGCAGCAGCGGCGCCCGCCGCCGAAGCUCCGGCAGUGAACAGCACUACUGGGUGUCCUGCUACUGAGCCUCGUAGUUAUUUAGGAGAUGCUGAAGCCAUACGUAUUGCUAAGCAGCAUGCAGCCUAUAUGGCUGUAGCUGCUGCUGCAGGAGGUCCUGCUGCUUCUGCUGGCACAGGAGAUUUGCCACUCUUCCCUACUUCCGCCGAUGCUGUGCCUCAGCUUUUGAGGAAGCAGCAGCUGGAAGCGGCCGUGCAACAAGUAAUCGCGCCUGCUUUUCGUUUGUGGGCGAUCCGGCAAAUACAGAAGCAGCAACACUUGCUGCAGCAAGUGCAACAAUUGGUGUUGGUGCUACAGCAGCAGCCCCAACUGCAGUUAUUUCUCUUACAGAAUCCACGGCUGCAGCAGCUGCUUAGCACUCAGCCUGGGCUUCUCCUUCAACUACUGCGACAGCAACAACGGCAGGGAGAACUCCCUCCAAAAUUACUUGAAAGCAUCAUCGGAUCUCAGCAGCAGCACCAGGAGCAGCAGCAUCCCGUAUACCCGGAUCAAUAUGCGAAAUUGCUGUCCUCACUUAGUCAGGAAGAGCAACGUCAACAGCAACAAGUGCAGCAGCAGUUAGGAAAAUUGCAAAAUGAGCGGCAGCGGUUGGUUUCGCUAAUUACAUGCCAGCUGCAGCAGCAGCAGCAGCAGCAGCAAUUGCCUCAGAUGCAACGGCAACAGCCUCAACAGCAGCAGCAGCAUGAGCAACCGCAGGACAGCUGCUUGUUGCUGAAACAGUUCUGUGUGCAGCCUGCAAAUUUGCCGUUUUCGCAGCAGGAGAAUGUUGGCACAUCAGCUGAUAAAGACGAUGAGCACCAGUCAACGCAACUACUGGAAAAGGGUGCAACAGACAGCGAGGGCAGCUGCCAGCAGCAGCGCCUAAUCGUCACAGCUGAGCACCAUUUUACGGCACAGCCUUCCGUGCUCCCGCCGUCCCUUCGCGAUGAGCCGCCGCCACCGCUGCAGCAGCAGCAGCAGCAGCAGCAGCAGCAGCCAGAGGACAAACAAAGUCGACCACAGGCGGCAGCACCUACCAAAGAAGGUGAUCUGCAGCAGCGGCCACAACAGCAAGAAUUUUCAAACACGCAGCAAGUAGAGCAGCAGAAUCAGCAACAACAGAAGCAGCAGCAGCACAAGCAGGUGCAGCAACAACCGAUACAAAGGCAUCGCGGCAGGCCGCCGAAGAAGCACACAAAUUUGUACAACCAUAGAAGCAUGCCCGACUUGGCCUUGGAGACAGAAACGGAAGAAGCAACAGCGGGACCGCGGCCUGAAAGUUCAGGUACAGCAGCAACAGCUGGAGUUGCACCAGCAUUUUCACAGAAAAACCGCCGACGUAGCAGCCGGCUGAGCGGGCAGCCUCCAGGGCCAGACCUUGACCGCAGUAGAAUAUAUAGGACCACUGCAACGAAUGUCGAAGGCAGCAGUAGCAGCAGCAGCUGCUCCUGCAGCGACAGCAGCGGAGACGAGAACAAGCCUCCGCAACAGCAGAAGAAGCAACAGCAGCAGGCCGCCCGUAGGCAACGAACGAAUCACGUCAAGGCACAGCAAAAAGAGCAGCCUGCUGCAUCGAAGGGAACAAUCUCAACUGUUGCUGCAGAUGCAGCAGCUGCCAGAGCUGUGCCACCUACAGAAGGAGAGGCACCAGGCACUCCAGAACGAGAGGAAACUAAAACUUUAUGCCCCUCUCAGGAUGCCCGUGGAGCCGCAGCAACAAACCGAGCAGCUAUGGCAGCAGCUGCAGCCCUGCGCUGUAGCAGCAGGUCAAGGGGAAAAGCCAGGAGCCCCUCAACAGUAGCAAAGGCUUCAGUUGGAGACCAGCAAAAUCAGCAGCAACUGCAGCAGCUGCUGACACUCUUGAAGGACUGGUGUAACAGCGCUUCCUCUUCGUCUUCUCUUCCGCUAACUGAUAACUCUGCUCUUCUUGUUGCUGCGCUGACAGCAGCGCAGCCACUGCUUGAGCGAUUAAAGCAGCAGCAUGAGCAAGAGCAGCAACAGCAGAGCGUGCUAGUGCAGAUGGCUGAGGACCACUGCGAGUUGGUCAGUGCUUUGCUGAGCGUGCGCACCGCUGGUGCUGCUUGUCUUGAGCAGCUACUGUGCUGGAACGCUGACAAACAGCAGCAGCAGCAAACGCAUCACCAAGAGCAGAAACUGGAGCAGCAGCUACCGCAGCAGGCCCUUGACCCAGUUCUGAAAACUCCGGAGCUAAAAUCUAAACGGAGUGGACGUCCUAUGCACAGAAUUACGCAGCCAGGCAGCAACGACAAUAGCAAAAGCAGCAGGACGUUUGGUUCGUUGUGCGGCUGUGUUGCCGUUGCUCUGCAUGCGGAGGCGGCACUGCUCCUACUGGGGGUGGAAUCUGAAAAAGAAGCAAGGCUGCAAUGUGAAGGAAAGGCUCAGCACGAGCACGAAAGCUGCGCGUCCUUGGUCUCAGCUGUGGCUGUGUGCAUAAAAACGCAUUGCAGGGAGACCCUUGUGCCACUCUUCUCCCAACAAGCCGAACUCGACACUCACGAACGGCCAGCCGGAGGUGGAUCCCCAGCUGCAGCAGGUGAUGCUGCAGCUGCACUGCAGCGGCUGCUGGAAGGACUGCGGUACCUUUGGAGCGUUGCAGUCUCGCAGCAGCUCCUUCAGGCUUUCAGCAUGGAGGACCUUCAUCUCCUUGCUUCCGGGUUAUGUACCAUUUGGGGUGUUCGUGCACUUCCUUCCUUUGCGGCUGCUGCUUCUCUUCUUCGUUCGGCGGAGGGUCUGCUGCUACUGCUGUUCCAGUUCGUUCCGCAGCUGCGUGAGCCCGUGAUUGAUGGAGUGCUGCAGCAAUUUGCUGCGGCCGCAGACGAGUUCAAUAGUAAGAAGGGCGGCGGUAAGCAUGCAGCCGCUGCUGCUGCCGUCGAUUUCAUGGAUGAGGAGAACGAGGAAACAGUAGCUCCACAGCAGAGCGCAACAGGAGCUGCUGCAGCAGCAGUACAUCCUGUCGCGCUGCUCCUCCUGCGCCUAUUGCAGGCUAUGUGCCUGCCGAAUGAAGUUUACAGACACUUCAAGGAGUCUUCAGUGGGAAGUGUGAAGCCGAUGCACGAGAAGCCACAAAAACUGCCGAAAGCUGCAGCAGAAGGAGCAGCAGAAGCUGCAGCGGCAGCAGCAAGACACGUCGCCCGCCGUCUAAUUACCAUCGCAGUAGGAGAGGAGGCGUCACCUAAAAUCCAGCAGCUGCAGCAGCAACAGCAGUUGCUGCUGCCUUUGUCGCGUCCAUCUGCCGGGUGUCUUCGUUCUGUGCGGCGCCUGAUUGCUGACCUUGCCCUGCUGACACUGUCUCCUUCCGUUCCUGCUUCCCUGCUCCUGCUGCGCGCCGUGGGCUAUACGCUGCUUACACGGCUGCUGCGUCCGAAUGCUGAAGCUGACAACACGCAACUUCAGCAGCAGCAGCAAACGGCACUAUUGUCUCUUCUGUCGGCUUUAGCACCUGCUGUCUUUGCUGAGCGCCUGCCAGUCCCGUCCAUCUCCCGACUACAGGAGCAACAGCAACACUGCCAUUUGCCCGAAAAUGCGUGCCUGAACUCAAAUGCUGAAACAGCAAGAGCGGCGACUCGUCGACGCUUGACAGGCGCUAAGUCCAAGGAAAAGCAGCAAUCGGUGGGCACACGCACGGCCUCUUUGGAUCAAAGCAGGAGCCUCAGUAAAGCUGAAACAGCAAAGGAAGCACAGCAGCACAUCGAGAGCUGCUGCGACUGUGGCUUGCGGAAAUCACAUGGAGAAGCAGCCACAGGCAAGGCAGCAGCGGCAGGGGCAACCGAGCACUGGAUAUGCAUGGGCUGCGAGUUGCGGCGGGCCGUUGCCGCAUCUCUACAAGAGGCAAUAGGCAGACUCCGCCCCGCUGCAUGGCUUUCAGUUGUUGCGGGUAUGCCUGCAAGUGGCACAGGGACUACCCCAGCAGCAGCGGCAGCAGCGGCAGCAGCGGCGGAGGGCAUAGCCGAUAGCUCAAUGCUCCUGUGUGUGCUAGAUGAGCCGCUCACAUUUCUUUGUCUUCUGCUCAUGCUUGCGAAUGGCUGCAGCAACAGCAGCAGCAGCAGUUAUAGGGUGGCUUCAGUUGCAACGCAGUGCACGUCAAAAAAAAGCGGCCAAGAGCUAACUCCGGUUGCUGCUGCUGCAGCUGUUUCUGCCGCUGCUGCGAGCGCCGCAACCCGCAUCAUGCGGCUUUCUCAUAGGCGUUUGCUUCUGCAGCACUCGAAAGCAGCAAUGGCUUGCCUCUUGCUGCUAAUCAUUGGCAGAAGUACCAACACCAGCAAGAAACGCAUUGAAGAAGAGGACGCGAGUUUCAAGGAAGGCGGCUGCAAAGGCGCCGGCCCAAACAGCAGCAGCAGUAUGCUGCACCUCAUAAUAGAUAUAGAAUGGGAGGCAGCGGCGGCGGGAGAUGUGGGUUUGCUUCUGCCCUUCGGAGCUAAUGCUGCUGCUGCAGGAGUCGACCCCAACAACACGCUCCAGCAGCAGCAAGAGCAGCUGGUUGCAUCUGUUUGGCGGUGGCUCGCUCUGUCGGCUUUGCAACAGAUUGGGGACUUGCUGCUCCAUGCAGUUCAGGUUGCUGCAGGGGAUCCUCGCUCUUCUGUAAGGAGGGCGGCGCUUUCUGUUCUGCAUGCGUGUGCCACAUGGCGGCCGUCUUUGCUGCAAGUCUCCGCUAGCACCAGCAGCAGCCGCAUCCCCUUGCUUUUGCCUCAGGCGCUGGCAGACUCGUCUCCUGGUGUACGAGAGCGCGCAUUAGCCCUUCUCGACACGGCAUUGCAACAGCAACAGCGGGAAACCACAGCUGCAGCAGCAUUGCACCGCAGCAGCCAACAAAUGCUCGGUGGUGAGCAGCAGGAUCAGCAGGCUCGAGUUACAAUGUCUCCGUGGCUUGAGGAGAUUGGAGGAUUACUGCGGUUUCUUCGGUACGUGGUGCUGCAGGAGACAGCACCUUCGGUGAGACAGCAGGCGCUGCGCGUGGCGCGGGGUUGCGCUGCUGCUUCACCACUCGGUGAAACAGCGCGCUGCUGCCGCUCCCUAUUAAUUGAGGCGCUUGCAGCUGCGCCAGACCACGCCCCUACAAAGUCUUUUGUUACUGGUGCACUUGCUUCUGAAGUCGUGCGGUUCCUUACUUCCAAGCCUCAUGCUGCUGCUGCCGCUUCGGCGGGAGAGGAAAAUGCAGCAGCUCAUGAAACAGCAACACAGACGCCACGAAGUGAGCGAGCACUUCAGUGCUGUGGCGGGUCUCCCCUUGCUGCUGCAGCAGUUGCACGCGGAUCGGCGAGCACAUGCAGCUCCCUAAACAUGCGGAGGGCAAUACGCAUGCUGGCGAGUUUUGUUGCUGCUGCGCGAGAGCACAUGGAGGUUUCUCUGGUGCCUCUGCUGCUCCCGAGAAUGCAGCAGCAACUGCAGCAGCAGCAGCAACAACAACAAACACUGGAGGAGCUUGCAGCGACGCUGUUAGACGCGUGCCUCACAGAGUACCUCAGCUGCUGCUGUGGCGUAUCCCCGCAACAGCAGGACACAGCCCGCCUUUUGACUCAGCAUAGCCAACGGCAGCAGCAGCAAGAUGACUUCCUUCUUGACCCUACGGUUGCAGGGCUAUGCUUGUUGCAGCUAGCUCAGGAACUAGGGCAUUUUUGUCCACGUGGUUUACUACUGUUUGUCCCUCAUGUUGCAGUAUUGCUCCGUGACCACACGGCAUUGUUGCAACAAGGCAGCAGCAGCAGCAGCUGCAGAUCCUUGCUGGGGGAAAUCGAGCUGCUAGCAGCUGCAGCCAACCACAUCCGAGCAGCCCCUUAUCACGUGCAGCAAGAAUUGCUCCUGUGCGUUCCAGCUGUGCUACUUCUCCUGGAAACAGACCCACUAUUGUUGCAAGCAGGAACAAUGCUACUGUGCCGAGUGUCGCAGCAAUUGCAGCAGGAAGGGGUUCGAGAUAGUCUUCUUGACCUACUCGCUGUCAGCCUGGCCCUCAUUUAUUCUAUUAAGGAUCGCAUUUACCAGCUGAAACGAAAGGAACCGCAACGCGAAACGCAUCUCCCCCCUUCAGAAGAAGGGCAGCAGGAAGACGAGGCCGUCGUACCAAUGCUACAAGCCCUGCAAUUCGCAUCUUGGGCUGUGGCUUGUCUUUCUGCCGGCCUGGGGAUAGGAACGUUUGAAAAGCAAGCUGCUACUGGGUCCUACAGUUUUGCUGAUGCUGCAACAAGUGAAGCGAAUAAGGUGUCAGGCUGUAUCCCUUCAUCCUCAGCAUAUGGAGGGCUAGCAUGCGCUUCUUCGCUCUUGCGCGACGUUCCCGUUGCUUCGCUAAUGCAGCGCGUUGCUGCUCACGCAGCAGACAGCAAAUCCGCGGCAGCAGCAGCAGAAGCGGCCUCACGAGACAGUGGAUUUUCUUUGCAGCAUUCGGUGUUUCAUCUGCUAUGCGAUGCAUUGCUGCUGCUACAGCAACACGGGGGCAUGACCGCUGUGGCGUGGCGGUCCCUUUGCUGCUUCUUGCGUGCAGCCCCAUCCUUCCUCAGCAGUCCACGUUUGGGCGCCCGCCUCAGUGCAGCAACAGCAGCAGCAGCAGCAAAUAAAAUGAAUUGGCAAUGUUCAGACCAGCGGCAGCAACAGCAACGGCAGCAGCAAGCUGAGGGGGUAGGGAACGCGCAAGCUCUUGACUUGCCUGCUGCUCUUCAAGCUCUGUACGGGCUGGUCAAAGAACUGCAGCAAGAUGCCGCAUCUCCAGGCUUGGCCACGGCAGCAGCAGCAGCAAAGGUAGAGGGCAAAAAUCGACAGAGCGUAAGCCUCUCGACGCGUCGGUCAGGCACACGCGGGAAAUCGCAGGCGCAGCAUCAGACGCAGAAGCAAGAGCAGCAGCACAUACCUACUUGCUCUGCCCACCCUGCCUCUGCGGCGGGCUCGCCCACAGCAACCGCAGCAGCAACAGCGGCGGCUGCAGCACUAGCGGCAAACGCUCGUCAGGGGAUUUGGAAUGGUUGCGAACGCGCUUCGAUAAAUGCCAACGCACCAUCAACAGGACCAGCAAGAACAGCACAACCCAGUGUUUGUGACUAUUUGCAUGCCCUGGCGCCUUAUGUGAGACCGCUGAUGGACCUACUUGUCCCCAGGCAGCCGCAGCAGCAGCCACAACAGCAGAGGCAGUGGCCAAAUUUGAGCUGCAGCACCGCUACCCUCAUUCUCCUGCUCACUAGGGCACUGCAACAGCUUGGUCUGGUUUACUACAGCGAGUUGCUGCCUCAAGCUGCUGCGCUGCUUUUCUGCAGCAGCAGAACUGUUGCGCGUGCUGCCUCUUUGCUGCUACAGGAAGCUGUGGGAGGCGCUGGUGCUGCCUUUGCUGCAGGGCGGCUACAGGAAUGCCUUGAUAUGUCGCUGCUGCUGUGCAUACACCGCGGUGCAACAGAGUCCGCAGCAACUGAAAGUGUUUACAGGCUCAGUGGCAAAGGCAGCAGCAGCCCGAACCUCCUGCAGCUGCGCGAAGAGAGUGCAGCACCAGUUGCUGGGCUGCUACUUUCGCCAUUCUGUGUGGUGGAUCCUGCUGCCAUUUCUGCCUUCGUCAUUUUGUUUACGCGCAGUGCAAAGGGCAGUGCUAGGGUCUCCCCGUCGGAUGUCCAGUUGAGCCUCGUGGCGCAACUACGGCGAUUCAGUAGCGUCGAGGCUCUUGCCAGUCUUGCUUCGCGUCUCCCCUGCGCAGGAAUACCUGUAGGAGCUGCAGCACCAGCAGAUGCGGCAGAAACCGCGGCAGGACCAAAUGCCCGUCUCGCCGCUUGGGCAGGCAGCUUGCCGCCUUCCCUUGGCGUGGUUGCAGCAGAUCCUGCGAUCGAACCGUGGCUGCAGCAGACCCCCUCAGCACUACUGCCGCUGCUGCCUGCUGCAUUUGCUGCACUACUGCACCUCAGACUUGUAUCGGAUGUCCUGUUGUCAAUCGUCCACAGACCCUCCGAAGCGGCAGACGCAGCUGCAGCUCUACGGGGUGUGGUGGUUGACUGCGGCGCCGCCGUCGAAGCCAUGCUGCACACAGCACAGCAGCAGCAGCAGCAGAGGCAGCAGCAGCAGCAGCAGCAAGUUGCUGCUCUAACUGCCGCUUUUUGUGGAUGCUUCGCAUCGCAGCUAAGAUCAGCUUUGCUGCAGGGUUUCCACGUGAGCGACACGCCCGAAGCUGACAAUGAUGCUGCAGAAGCAACAUCUGUAGCUCCUGUUGACCAGGAUGAGGGGACUUUUGAGAGCGAGGAAUGCGCUGUGGCAGGCCCCAAACAAGGGCAGCAACAGCAGCAGCAGCAGCAGAAACGCGGUCGAGGGCUACUGCGCCAGCCAGCACCCCGAAAUAGCAGCAGCAGCAGAAGCAGCAGCAGAAACCCACAUCCCCGUGGCGGCGGCAUGCCUGACUGUGACUCCAGAGAAUCACUGGCUGCGGCGCCUCAGCAAUCAGUAGCAACAGCAGCACGAAAGAGAAGUUCUAUCUCCCUCAGCCGUAGCAAGUGCAGCGGCGCGCCGCUGCUAGUGAACCCAGAGGACAAGCCAGCCUUGCGCUUGUUUGCUGCUGGUGCUGCACUGCAGCGGCGCGCGGUCUCUACUUUAGGCAGUCUGUGGGCCAGAAUUGCCACGCAACAGGACCUCGCAGCAACAGCUGCAAGCGUAGGGGAAACAGCAGCAGGAAGUGAAGAUACACCUGCCAGCCUCAUUAGAGAAAUGGUCGAUGCAGCCGUUUGCUGCGACAAUGAGUUAAUAAUCUGCGCAGACAGCCGAGACCUUCCAAUGGCGCACCUCCAUCGAGGUGCACGGCGCAGGAAACGCUUGCAGCUACAACAGCGGCAUCAGCAGCAGCAGCAGCCUGGAUCUCCCCCGACGUUGCGACGAAGAAAACGCAGGCGAUUCGGGGUGCGAAAGGGGGAAGACCCCCGAGACUCAGAUUGGGCGCGAGAUGUUGAGACCUCCGAGCCAACGGCAGAGUCCGACGAAGACUUCAGUGACCAUUGA